AUAUAUAAGCACUGAGCCUUAAAGCAGUACUGAAACUCUUCAGAGUGACUUUGAGUUUUUUGUAGCAAAAUGAAAGAGUUUCUUAUUAGAAGAUCUGAGUAGCAGUUACUGUAUUUCAUAUUAUUGCACUCUGUAGAAGAUUUUAUCCCCUUUUCUUUAACUAAAUUAUACUCCCAGCCUCACUUAUCAGUUUUAGGCUGUUAAUCUAAUUUUUUCUUUAAAAGCUCCUGACUGACAAUGUGCCGUUCUUUACAAUCAAUACUUACAGUGGAACCUGUGAUUUUUCUUUUUAUGACUGGAAUAUUUCUGCAAACACCAGCCUAUCAACAGAUGAUAUUAUAUAAGGUAUGUCAAGGACUGUACAAUGACACUGAAUGCAGUGAAAUACAGAAAAACAAAGAUGAAUAUGAAGUUGUUCAAAGCAGAGGAUCAUACAUUAUGCUUAUAUACAUUGCAAUUUUGAGUCUAAUGUCAGUUCUACCGGCACUUAUUCUUGGGACUUGGUCAGAUAAGGGAAGUCGCAGGCAUGGAAUGAUCUUGCCUUCUAUUUUUUCUGUUGCAAGUGGAGGGCUUUUCAUUGCAAUAAGCUAUUUUAAAGAAAUGUCUGUUUACUGGACCUUUGCUGCUGCUGCUCUGAUUGGAAUUUCUGGAGGACACGUCUCAAUGUUUUUAAGUGUUUUCAGUUAUUUAGCUGACAUCACGGAAAAUUCACAGCGCACUUUUAGAAUGGGAAUUGCGGAAUCAAUGAUAUUUAUUGGAGGAACUUCUGGGUUUCUUCUGGGUGGAAGCUUGCUUCAGCAUAGCACCUUCACCAUUGUGUUUGCUGUGUAUUGUGGCUUCAAUUUGCUUGCAGCACUAUAUAUCUUGUUUUGGUUAAAGGAAUCAAAAUCACCCAAUGGAUAUAGUAAACUUUACGAGGAGUAUCAUGGGGAUGAUGAUGACUGUGAAACAAGUGAAGGACAAAAAGAUCGUCCCAAAAGAUCGGUGUUAAAAUAUGUAAAAGACUCAUUUAGAACUAUUUGCAAGAAGCGCGAAGGUCACAACAGAUUGAAGUUUUAUCUCAUAUUAGUCUCCGUUUUCCUAAUUAAUAUCUGCAAUGUUGGAGAGCAAUCAAUCACUCUGAUGUUUGUGAGUUAUCCUCCAAGAAGUUUCAACAAUGAGCUUUAUGGUUGGUAUACAGCAUCCAAAAUGUUGAUUUCGGGGUUAUGUCUACUAUUUACUUUGCACUGGCUUUUGAAACAUGUUGAGGAAACAAAGCUUGCAAAAGUUGGUGUGAUCAUGAGAACCAUUUCUUUUCUACUACUGGCUUUUUCAACAACCAGAUGGAUGAUAUUCUUAAGUGGCAUAAUACAUGCUCCAAGUGGUUACACUAUGGCUGUUCUUAGAUCUGUGUCCUCUAAAAUUGCACAUCCAAAUGAACAAGGUGCAAUGUUUUCGAUAAUGGCAUCUGUUGAAACUGUAUGUUUACUAAUUGGUGCAGCUAUAUUCAAUGGACUUUACCCCACCACCCUAUCAACAUUUCCAGGAAUGUGUUUUAUUAUCAUGGCGGUUUUCCAGUUUAUUACUUUUGUGUUGAUCCAGUGGAUUAGCGAAAUUCCCACAGCACUCCCCAAGGUGAUAAUCAAUGAAGACUAAUUUACCUGCAUCAGCUCAGCAUAUAAAGGAUACAAAAGGAAAAAAAAUGCCAUUUUAUAUAUAAUUAUUACUUGUUUCUUUACUUAGCACUUGAAUAAUGUGAGCAUGAUGUUUAUGAUCUGCUGGGCACAGCGGCAUAUGAAAUGAUUGCAAUCAAGGAAAGCCUAAAGACUUAAGAACAUAAAAUAAUAUUAUUUAAGAAAAUAUGUUAACCUUGUAGCUAAUAUAAUAACUUUGUUCUAUUUUCUUUCUUUUAAAAAUGAGGACAGUUCCAGUUUUCAAAAAUGUAUAAUUUUAUUUGGAAGGUUUUUAUUCUGUAAAGCAUGUAUUACCCUUACUGCUAUCACGCCAUUUUAUAUGAAAAUUACAGAUUUGAUGAUGUUGUAAAUAACUCAAAACUGAUUUAAAGUUUACAAAUCAGUACAAGUCAUUAUUCCCUGCUUCAAAAUCUCAAUGCCUAUGGAUCUUAAUAUGUUUUUAUGUGGUGGAAUAUUAACAGCACAAUAAUAUUUUCAGGUUAUUAAUGUUAACAUGGCUCUGUUGCUAGCUAAAACAAUCUGACACUUCUGGGUUUGUCAGAUGUCUCAUUGCCCUCUGAGCUCUGUGGCUUUUCUGAUCUCUAGACUGCUACAGAACACAGUUGGGAUGUAGGAACCUGCAAAUUAAACCUCAGUGCACAGUGGGCAUCCAAUCCAUCCAGAAGAGUAUCAGAUACAGAACAUUU